AAGGGGAGGCCACUUGCACCACAGCAAAAGGGCACAAAAAAAAAGAAGAAGAAGAAAAGAGUGCAUAGCAAUCCAUUGGAGGAGCCCCGAUGGCACAGCAAAUACUCAGGCCAUUGCGAGAGGAAAGAGAAAGGCCGUAAGCCCGGUAAUUUUGCUGCUCAUUAUGGAUACCCUCAGCAUUAACACGAUGUGUUGUUUUACCCCUUCACUUUCCGCCUUGUUGAGGGGCGGGGUCGUCUUUGUUCCCGACUUGACCGUUGUCCAUUUCAACUCUUCUGCUCGACGUCUCCCCCUUCUUUGUCGCCCGUCUUCCCGACAUCACCUUUCCUACGAAAUUGACGAAACUGUCAGUCUCCCUCGGGACCAAGAGAUUGAGGUACGCAGAGGAAAAGAAGUCUCUCUCCAUAGCACCUAUUCUCUCCUUCCCCGCUAUCGACCUACACACACACACACUCUCUCUCUCUCUCUCUCUCUCUCACACACACACACACACACACACACACACACCGCUGAUACUUUCAGGUGUGUGGGUACGUGCGUGUAUCUCGAUCUCCCUCAUCUCACUUUUGAGGACCUUCCUUGUUGGCUUGUUUCUCCCCCCAAGGUCAAAUAGACGAAUAACCAACAACAACCAUCGGGGUGACGUAGGAUCAAGUCGCGGAUACAC